AUGCAUAUACUUCCGGUGUCAUUUGCUCUAUUCACUUACACCGGUUACUGGCGACCGGUGCAUUUUCUUGUCAACUCGUUUAAAUAUUGGAUGUACAAUCUUUAUUCUGCUUUUAUGUUUGUUUUACUGCAAUUGUUCGUGUUCUACGGUAUAAUUGACACUGUCUUCUCGGCCAAUCUGGAGGAAUUCGUAAACAAAUGCUACCUGUUCCUUUCGAUUUUCGGCGUUUCCUGCAAAAUCGUGCAUCUCUUUAUACGUCGCGAAAAGAUCAUCGAUCUAGACAAGAUGCUCUUGAAGGACAAUUGUAUUGCCAGAGAUGUACAAGAGAUAUUGAUCCGAGAAAAAUUUGAUCGACACGUGAGACAGGUUACGAUUGCUUGCGAGAUUCUCAAUGAGUCCUGUGCAAUGUUCACGACCUUCGCACAAUUUUACGUAUCUCUGAAGACGCGUAGCUUACCUGUGUACAAAUGGGCGCCCUUCGAUCUAUCAUCAAUAUAUGUCUUCUUGCCUAUAUUGAUAUUCCAAUGCGUGGCUUUGGUGUUAUGCGUAAAUACCAGUGUCGCACAUGAGACGCUAAUUUCCGGUAUGAUGAUCCAGGCCUGCGCUCAAUUCGAAAUUCUGUGCCAUCGCGCUCAUAUAUUGCCGGCGUUGAUGAUCGAAGCCGAAAAAAAUAGUGAAUCAGACGAGGAUCUGAUAGCACGCGAGAAGGCAAUCAUUCGCGAUCUGAUAUAUCAUCAUCUUUACAUUUAUAAAUUUGCGCACACGAUCAAUGCAGUUUUUACAGUGAUGAUGUUCAUCCAAUUUUCCAUCAUUUCCCUAGUUCUCUGUAUGAGCGUCUACAGACUAUCUACAAUGACGUCAUUAUUUACCCUCGAAUUUGCACACAUAUUUUCUUAUCUGUGCUCCAUGCUCAUGCAAAUAUUUCUUUAUUGCUGGUAUGGCAAUGAGGUGACAUUAAAGAGUAUCGAUGUCGGUACUGCUAUUUAUGAGAUGGAUUGGACGACAUUAAGAGUCCGAGUAAUGAAAGAUCUUAUGAUAAUAAUGAUACGUGCCGGCAAACCUGUUAAAAUGUCGAGUGGCUAUCUAGUCACUUUAAGCACCGAAUCCUUUAUGAACAUUCUCAAAGUGUCCUACUCAUCGUAUAAUUUCUUAAAAGGCUCUUAG